AAGCACUACCCUCAUCCGCCAUUCUCCCCUGCGGGUGUGGUGCUUUGCUUCGUUCCCUUCGCCGGCGAUGACGUGCUUGGAGGUGCCCCCUCGCCCCGGCCUUUGCCCGUCCAGGUGCCAGCCCCGCGGCCCACGGUUGCCUCCACUGCGGCUUGGCCUCUCCACCGCCACCUCCUCCUCAUGCAGGGUUUGCACUCUAGUGUCCCGACAGCUACCGAUUUGCAAUGCACAGUCAUAUGCUGAUGAUUUACAGGUAGCUGCUCCUCAGAGCCCCACCACUGUUCGGUCAAGGUUGCUUGCUGCAGAAAGAGAGGAGGCAAAAGCUGUUCUGUCAUUAUUCUUGAGACAGAAAGGUUUGAGAAGUACGCUAGCUGCACGGAUUGUCAACAAAUCAGAUGGUUUCAUUGAGCACCUUGUAUCAAAGCUCCAAAUUUCUUACAGAUCUCGAUAUGCUGAAGGAAGGGAGCUGAGCACACCUGAGAUUAGAGAUGCUCUCCUUCCGUAUCUAGAAGCUCUUUCUAGAGAACAUGGUGAUAGUUUGGUCGAGGUGGUGGAGAACUUCCCUGAUCCUUUUUCUAUGGAAAGGGAAGCCUUGUCUUCUAUGGCACUUACACCCACAAGCUCAAAUAAACAAAAGGCAAUUGCUCGAAUAAGCACCCCAACCUCAGGGGGAGCCCUCCCUGAGCUAGUGCUCUACCUACUAGACCUUGGCAUGGAUCAUGAGGAGAUCAAGAAUAUCGUGCGAAAGUUCCCAGCAUUUGCAUAUUACAAUGUGGAUCGCAAGAUCAAACCCCUGGUGGAACUACUACUUGAGCUUGGUGUGCCAAGGUCUAGUAUACCAGGAAUCAUAAAGAAGAGGCCUCAGUUAUGUGGAAUCAGCAUGUCAGAUAAUCUUAAACCUAUGAUGGUUUAUUUGGAGAACAUUGGUGUCAACAAAGCUCGGUGGAGCAAGGUGAUUUGCCGGUUCCCCGCACUUCUCACGUAUAGCAGGCACAAGGUGGAGACAACUGUGAGCUUUCUUACUGAGCUAGGAGUUUCCAAGGAAAACAUUGGCAAGAUCCUGACACGAUGUCCUCAUCUCAUGAGCUACAGUGUCAACGAUAAUCUCAGACCAACUGCUGAAUACUUCCGGUCGAUUGGUGCAGAUGCUGCAUCUCUUAUUCAGAAAAGCCCACAGGCUUUUGGUCUGAACGUCGAGGUGAAGUUAAAGCCAAUCACAGAAUUUUUCAUGUUGAGAGGGUUUAGCAUGGAGGAAAUAGGCAUUAUGGUGAACAGAUUUGGAAUUAUUCACACACUCAGCUUGGAAGAAAACUUGCUUCCGAAAUAUGAAUUUUUCUUGACGAUGGAAUACCCAAGGGGUGAGCUCGUGAAAUUUCCUCAAUACUUUGGGUACAGCUUGGAGCAGCGGAUAAAACCUCGGUAUGCUCAGAUGACCGGUUGUGGGGUGAGAUUGAUUUUGAACCAGAUGCUGUCAGUAUCAGAUGCCAGAUUUGAGGAAAUUCUACAAAAGAGGGUCGGAGUUUGAAAAGACAAUAAUUUCAGAUGAGCACAAUUUUGGACUUCAUUUGAGAACAAUCAUCACUGCGAUAUAUACAACGUAGUUAUUUCAGAGCAAGUAGCUUCUUUGCAUGGCCUUGAUGCAUGUGCAAAAUUUGGAGGUGAACAAAUUUGAUGUAUAACCAUGCGUGAUUUAGGUAGCUAGUCGAGUUAAUUUUUGCAAGGGCAUGGACUACACUUUUGGCAAAUACCCUUAUCAGAAAAUGCCAAUUGCAGUUGUUAUUACUCAAUUCGAUGGAGUGCUUGUUGCUCAGUUAUGUAACAGUAGUAUCCGUGAUAGCAGUUGUAGUUGUAGCCUGUUUAGUUAGCAUUUCUGUUAGUUUAUCUUGAAUAAAACAGUUAAAAAUGCUUCUUCUUGA